AUAAAGAGGAUGUUGUGAUAGUGGAAGAGACACAAGGAGCCACAGGCACAUCAGCCAAUGAUGUCAAGCCAUUAGGAAAGGAAGACUUUAUAGUGACUUUCUUCAAGCCUUCUGAUACCAUCAAGUAUCCACAUGCUCGAGAAGACUGCAGGGUUCACAAGUUUCUGGCAGUACCCAGUCAACUCUAUGGCUAUGGUGGCAAUGGCAAACAAGAGAAUAAAGCUUCCUGUGACAGUUGCUACUGCUAUGUUUGUGACAUUCCAGCCAAGGAGUGCCAAGAGUGGACAAGAGGAGACCACUGCAAUGCUCACAGCAAAGACACCAGUUGGAAGUUGAAAAGAAAGAAGACAGUAGCAGACAACUCCAAAAAGACAGCAAGAGUGGCCUUUUCUUCACAUCCAAGUCUUAGGUCUUCCUUAUCACAGGAGGAAAGGGAGGCUGAGGAUUCUUCUUUGGAUGAAAUCCUCAGUCACAUAGACUCUACGUAUGAGGAGUAUUCAGCCUAUGAAGAUGACGAGGAAGAGGAGGAAGAUGACUGCUAUUGUUACUGUCAUGAUGAUGACCCCUGGAGGUGUGAGUAUGAAGAUGAAGAUGAAGAUGAUGACGAUAAAGAUGACCCAUGUUAUCGAUGUGAGGGCUAUCAUUACGGUACCAGAAACUCGCUUCAUGACUAUGACCCAGUUAAGAGAGCAUUGAACAGUGCAGUGGUCUCUGCUCGCACACACUGGCAAAACAAGAAACCGUUUGAAGCUCUGAUCGUUCUGGAGGAAACCAUGCGUUCUCUUUGUCUGCACCAGCCAAAUGAGGUGACUAUAGACAGGUUUGGAGAAACUAGUGAUGGAGGCCUGGUAGCCUGCAAACGAUUAGUCAUGCAGUCGAUAGAAGAACUCCUUGUGGACAUGUUUGUAGACAGGAGCGGCAUUUUGCCAUCUUCACUGAAGGAGAAAGCUAUGAGUAGCAUCAAAAGGACCUUUGACCUGGCUCCUCGCGACUGUGGUAACAUCAGGCCAGACAUAGCCCUUGGUUUGAAAAGCUGGGAUGAUCAGGAGCUUUUGGCAGUGCUGGAUGGUACCUACAACCCUGGACAAGACAAGACAACGAGCCGCUCUAUAGGGAACAGCACAGAUGAGGUCAUCGUAGUGGAAGACAACCCCGUGAACAGCAGGAACAGCAGCUUUACUGAGGACUACUUAGUGGUGAAGAAGAGGCUCCAAGUUCUGGAGAGUGAAAAGAGGUGGCAAGGUGCAGUCAACUACAUCCAGAGAGUGAAUAUCAAAUCCAAGCAGUAUGGGACUGAAAGUUGGCUGAAGAACAAGUUGCUGACCUACCUGGCACACCUGGGGAACUGGAAGGAAGUGCACUCAGAGCUAGUAAAGUCUGAAAACUCUAACUACCAGGGAAAGAGGCCCAGACUGGCCAGGAUGGAUCCUACAGACUUCCUCAACAUCAUGAAGUGUUUCACAACUGGUCAAGAAAUGGAGAUGUUGCCAGCUGAUUCAGCAUCUGCCUCUUCACCCAGCCCAGAUGUUAACCUUGAUGAAGUCUUCAGGAUUUAUCUGUGUGCACUGGCACAGAACAGCAGUCUCCAGUCCAGUGUACGUCUUCACAUUCCCUACAAAAUAUAACAGGAGGUUUUGAUAUGACAGUAGUUAAUUGCA